GACGGAACCAAUGGGGUCUUCCAUGUGUCCUUGCGUUGUACAUGGUGGUUCUAUUGGGUACACACAGUUGACAUGCAGCAAUUAUUCCCGGAGAUCGCCGUCAGCCAACUCAAUGUACAGAGAUGCCAUGUACCAAUGAAGGAAUUAGUUAAGAGGUUACUGCUACUAGUCUCUCCAACCACUCCAGCAACUUCCUCAUAUCAGUGGUACAUUAGUAGCUGCGCUAUGGUUGUAGCAAAAAGCCUUUGUCAGGAUGUAUAGACUAUCUCAAACAACAUAGUACAUUGUAUGUAUGGAUUUAGGCAACAACCACUGUGGAAGGAGCCUGGAAGCAAAGUAUAUCUCAUGUUUUAAGUCACAUGAUCUUAAUGCAGUAUAGAUAGCCACAGG